CUUUAUUUAAAGGAGGAAUCAUACAUCAAAAAUGUUAUAACAGUAACAAACCAUACAACAUGAGUUUCAUUUUCUACUUCCUCCUUAUUUCUAUUGCUGCAAAAUCAUCCCACGCAGAUUCUAUUCCCAACCAAAUCCACCCUCUGCACCCGAAAACCGGGUCCUCCGGCGGCCACGUGCCUCAAAUCAACUGCUGGAGCUGGCGUUUGGCAGUCGAAACCAACAACAUUCAGGACUGGAAAUUAGUGCCCCUUCAAUGUGAAGAUUACGUGGGGCACUACAUGCUUGGCAAGCAAUACCGCGACGACUGCUACAAUGUAAUCGCCGCGGCUAUUCAGUAUGCCAAGACACUCAAAAUUGCCAAAGAUGGCAAGGAUGUUUGGGUUUUUGAUAUUGAUGAAACCACUCUCUCUAACCUUCCUUAUUACGCUCGUUCUGAUGUCGCCUUUGGGGCAAUUAAAUUCAACGGGACGAAAUUCGACGAGUGGACGAGAGAAGGAAAAGCCCCACCAGUACCAGGAGCUCUGUUUCUGUAUAAAACAUUGUUGGGUAUGGGUAUUAAACCAGUAUUUAUCACCGGAACAAAGGAAGAGUUCAGACAAAUAAGAAUUGCCAACCUAAAUAAAGUUGGCUACAAUUCAUGGAUUAGGCUCAUCUUGAAGGGAGUAAAUGAUACGGGAUCAUCAGUGAUGUACAAGUCUGGGAAAAGGGCGGAGUUGGUGAAAGAUGGAUUCAGAAUUGUUGGCAACAUAGGAGAUCAAUGGAGUGAUCUGCUUGGUGACUUUUCUGGUUUGCGCACAUUCAAAUUGCCAGAUCCAAUGUACUACAUUGCUUGAAACUUGAAACUGAUCGAACCUUGCUGCUUACUUGUUAUAUCUUUGCGUCAUUUUUAAUUAAGAUAUGUAUUUGGUUUUGAUUCUUGAAUGUUCCUUAUAACCGCUGCCUCUUUUUUUCUGUAUUUCAUAAUGAUUGUGCUAAAUUACGGGUGGCAAAAUCAAAUCCAAUCCGCCCAAUUCGUUUAAGUUUG